AUGGCGAUGGCAUCAUCAAUGGAUGCGCUGGGAGCUUUCUCCCACCUUCAGACCAACCUGCCAGCCUGGAUCACUCGUGUCUCAGAACUCGCCGACCACACUGCCGCGAAGCACGCCGAAUACUCGGAAGCCUACCGUCGACACGCAUCGUACAAACCUCGCCGCCGGAAGAACAGCUCCGUAUGCUCAAUUCACACUGAUGACCUGGUCCCACUUAGCGAGAGGAAAGAGCCUCCAGCAGAGGCCGUGCAAAAGGCUGCCCCAGAGACCCGGGACACGCCCACCCCUAACCAGCAGGCCGGUCGCAAGCGCGGCACCGACGAAGCCCCCUCCAUCGACUCCGGCGACCGACACACCUUUGUCAGCACUCGCCACAAUGUCAUUAUUGAAUACGACGGCCACACGCAAACGACCCUGGAACAAAUCGUCAAGGACAUCGGUAUCGCCAGGAACAACAUCCGACGCGGUAAAAUGGGGAUGAUGCCGCGGAUGGGCCUGCGCGCUGGUCUUUUCAACCGGACUGCGGCCAUUACGGGUAACGCGGCCGGGGGUGGGGAGCCUUCGGCGCUGUCCUCGCUGGCCUGUGUGCGCAGCACGCGUACCGGUGCUGGCAUCGUCGGCGUGACUGGCUCAACACCCGGAAUCCGCAAGGAGUCUCCUUUCGACUAUGCCGACAAACAACUGGAGCUGGCGCACGGGCUCUGCGAGACCGCCGCAUACCAGGUCCUCCGAUCGGGCGACUGUGGAACCGAACUGGACGGCGUGGAGGAGAAGUUCAAAAUGCUCCUGGACAUGGCCAACAACGAAGUGGCGCGCCUGGAAGAAGAGAAACGGAAACAAGAAGAAGAGCAGGCGCGAUCACAAUCCGAACCUCAAACCGAGUCGCCCCAAGCCGAAGACGAUGCCGCUAAACCGCCUCCCAACCCUGCCGCCGCCCGAAUUGCCCGGAUCGCCGCCAUCUCCGCUGGCGCAAAGGACAAAUCAAGCACCUCGGACACUCCCGGUGCCAUCGAAGUCGACGACACUUCCUCCAUAUCGGCCGAGUCAAUUGACCUCUCCGCAUUCCGAGCCUCUCGGAUUCGAGUGUAA